AUGGAGAGGGUUCUCAGCGUGGUGUCUCCAAAGAUGCACUGGUUUGGAGCGGUCAAAGGGCUUCCUGGGACAAGACUGAAGCUGGGGAAACUAAAGGUGGUGCGGCGGCAGCUGCUGCAAAGGUAUGAACACCAGCCCUUUGUCUCCUGCCUGGCUGGCCUGUAUGGUUGCCAAUGGAGACGAUAUCAGAGAGCUCGAGCCCAGCCGGGAGAGUGCUGCUGCAGCAAGGUGGAGUGUGGCAGUUUUGGCCUCCUGAUCCUCACCUUUUUCCUGAGUUUGGUGUUUCUGUAUUUCUGGAUUGAAGCUCAAAAUGACUACAAUGACUUUGACUGGUUCAACUUUGGCACUUUGGGUUUCUGGUUCCCCUGGUCUCUGGUCCUACUGGUUGUGGCUGCUGCUCUCUUCACAUACAUUGCAGUCUUACUGGUGUUGGCUGUGUGUCUUUUGUCUGAGGGUCAAAGAUUAUACCUUCACUGGAGCCACAAGAUUGGCAUCAUUGUAACCUUGGUGUUUGCUGUCACUGCCACGGCCAUCUUGUCUGACCUAUGGAGCAAAGAAUGGACAACUCUCCUACUUUCCCUGCAGGUGACGGCGCCUAUCUUACAUGUGGCUGCAGUCUCACUGAUGGCCAUCAUCUCCUGGCCGAUAGCUUUGCACUUCUUCCGCAUGAACAAGAGAGUGCGUCAGGUGGCAGUUCUGAGUAUCUACCUGCCCGGGCUGUUCUCCCUCUACCUGGUCCCUCUAGGAAUGUACUCUCCCUGCAUUAAAGACUCAGGAACACUGGGAGCCGCCCCGACACUCAUUGGACACAGAGGAGCCCCAAUGCUGGCUCCGGAGAACACGCUGAUGUCCUUUGAGAAAGCAGUGGAAGCUGGAGGAGAUGGACUGGAGACCGAUGUCACCAUCAGUUAUGACGGUGUUCCCUUCCUGAUGCAUGACUCUACUCUGAGGAGAACCACUAAUAUUGCAGACGUUUUCCCCAACCGAACAUACUUUGAUGCCUCCAUGUUCACCUGGGCAGAGCUACAGCAGCUGAAUGCUGGAGACUGGUUCUUAUCUAGGGACCCAUUUGGCACUGUGUCCUAUCUAACUGAGGUGGACCGCCACCGGGCCCAAAACCAGUCCAUUCCCUCCCUGGCGCAGUUCUUGGAGGUAGCAGCUCGAAGUGGCCGACGUGUGCUGUUUGACCUGCGCAGGCCACCUUUUGGUCAUCCUUACUGUUACUCGUACAUCAACACUACCCUGCAGGUGGUGCUUAACCACAUCAACUCAUCCAAGGUGCUGUGGUUGCCAUCUCAGGACAGGGAGCUGGUACAGGCUGUGGACCCGGAGCUCCAGCAGACCUCUGGACAAAGACGGUCCAUUCAGGAGCUGUUGGAUGAUCACAUAACCACUCUAAAUCUUCACUACAGCAGCAUGUCACAACAGCAGAUCAGCAAGUACCACUCAGUGAAUAUCAGCACUAACCUGUAUGUGAUCAGCCAGCCAUGGCUGUACACUCUGGCCUGGUGUGCUGGAGCUCAGUCUGUCACCACCAACUCCAUCCACAUCCUGUCCAGCAUUGACAAGCCCCUCUUCCUCAUGACCCCUCAGGGAUAUACUCUAAUGUGGAUCCUGACUGAUGCUGUUUCUGCUGUGCUCAUCAUCUCCAUUUUCAUUUUCCAUUGGUGGAGAGAGAGGGGCCUGCCCUUCUUGUCUGGCAGUCGUCAAACUCAUGAGAAUGGACCAUACAGCAAGUUUAGGACUGAGCUCAGCGAUGUCUGGUCCAUCUCCAGUGUCAACGUUCAGACCGAUCAGCGCAGCACACCCACUUCACCCGCUCAACCCCACCUGCCCACCAUCGCAGAGGAGUGACAUAAAUGCACACAAUAUUCAUCAUGACAUGAACUCUCAGACGCAGUUUGUUGAUGUAUGUAAACGCAAAUCCCAAGCACAGUCUGACUUGUCCGCAGGUGCAAAACUUCCCCGCAUUCUGGGAGACUCUCGAGAAAUGCGCAAGUGUGGACAUCUUUUUAAAAACAUGGCAGAUGACUGCCUUCAGCUGCUGAGCCCAACUUCAUGCACUUAACUAGCAACUGGGACGGUCCAAAGGCUCUUGAGCUCAUCAAUCACACCACAUUGUCCACAUUAGCUGCUCUGACAGUGAUCUCUCACUUUUACAGUGGAUAAAACCAGACAUUCAUCAGCUUUUUCACAUGGACAAGUGAAAGAAAGACCAAGUCAAAGCUUCCGAGAUGAGACGAGCUCAGGUGCUGACAAAGUAGUGUGGUCGUAAGCUGAUGAUACAGGGGACCUUUGCUCCAGAAGAAGGUAAAACAAACAGGAGCUUCUUUGUUGGACCUCUACUCUUCUGUACAGGUACCAGGAGCUUUAGACCAAAACCUUAAAUUAUAUUUUUUGUGCGUGAUUUGUUGGAAGCAGAUGGAUGGACUGACAUAAUGAAUGUACUGUACCAAGGGAGUCUCCAAAAGGUAUCUAUAGUUGAUUACUUAUCCUUUUUUUUUUUCAACUGAAUGUGUGACUCUUCUUGUAGGACGUAUUUGUACAAAUGUAUCGUGAGGUUUGUCCAGACGUGUGCCAAAUGCCAAAUGUAUCAGAGUGAAGCCUGACAUGCUUUCUCUGUUGGCAGUGAAUGCAGCAUCUUCAGUGAUGUUUCUUUGUGUUGUCCCAAAAGAAGUGAACAGUUUCUUUUGUCUUGACCUUUCAUGAGGUGUUUAGGGACCUUUCUGCAGUGUUGGCCAUGAAGUAAGUGAAAGUACGUGCCAUUAAGAUUAAGAGUCUCAACCACUUGUGUUUAAGCAAGAGGUCAAAUGUGCGCAAAGUCAACAAAAACUGAUGUUUAUUCAAAUUAGCCACAAGGAACGGGUAGUAAACGAUAAAUAUAUUUGCAGUAUGAUAGCUACUGUUUAGAAUAUUCCUCAAUCAUCUUAGUAGGGUGAACAUUUUUCUCCCCCAACAAAAACAGCUUAAUACAGAUUAGAGAAGAUACAUAACAGCUUUACAUUCAGAGAUGUGUUGUAGUUGAUUUGACCAGAUGCCUUUUAAAAGUGAACAUCUUUUACAAUGCAUGCAGCUCUGUAUGUUUUAGAUGAUUACAUAUUUAAAUGGUUUCAUCAUGUUGAGUAAGAGUUAAAACACCCGCCUUUUUUGCAAAAGAAAAACAAAACUGUUGUUCAAAUGCUGGCUAAUGAUUCCUAUAUACAGUGGAAAAGUCUGGAUUAUAAAGUCUGGAUUGCACUUCUGCCAUUGUCAACUGUCAUUAAAAAAACAACACAUUUUUGGUC